AUGCUCAUCACAGUCCUUUAUCUGUCACUUCUUUUAAACUCAGGUCUCACUAUUACAGUUCUGCAGUCUGGAGAUCAAGUGUCUGGACCAGGAGUCACAGUGAUACUGGAGUGCAGCCUGGGUCCAGGGUUCAGCCUGCAAAUCAUCUUCAUGUACUGGUAUCGACAAAAGCACUACGCAGCUCCUAUGGAGUUCCUCCUGUCAGAGUUCGAUUUCUCUGUGGGGCACUUUCAGUCGUCUAUGGAUCAAGACAAUAACCGCUUCUCUCUUCAAAUCGAUGAAGUGUUUCUCAACGACAGCAGCACCUACUACUGUGUUGCCAGUCACAGUGAUGCACAAAGACCAGACAGAUGUCACAAAUGCUAUGCUGAACCUUGUAUCAGUGUGAACAACAACUACCCAGCUUACUUUGGCAGCGGCACUAAACUGACAGUGUUAGAGCAUGAAGUCAAGGCACCAAAUGUGACGGUUCUCAGACCAUCAGCAAAAGAGUGUCGAAACCCUCUGGACAAUGAAAGACAGAAGACCUUAGUUUGUGUGGCCAGUGAUUUCUACCCGGACCAUGUCAGUGUAUUCUGGCAGGUUGACGAACAAACCGUCACCAGUGGUGUAGCAACAGAUGAAGCUGCCGUGCAGGAUGGCAAAUCCUACAAAAUCACCAGCCGGCUGAGGGUCGCUGCCGAAGACUGGUACAAACAGCGUAGAUUUGAGUGCAUCGUCAGUUUCUUCAAUGGGAAGGAAUAUACCAAUCAUUCAUCACCUGUAAUCUAUGGUGAACCAGCUCCAGACAUCCUGACCAGAGAAGAAUAUCUGAGGAUCACAACGAAAGCCAAGCUCUCCUACGGUGUGUUCAUCAUCAAGAGCUGCGUCUACGGAGCCUUCGUGACCUUUUUGGUUUGGAGACUCCAGAGUUCAACUGAGAAGCACAGGAAGUGAGACCUGAGCGUGAAGGAAAAUGAACGGUUGCUUUAUGUAAAUAAAACUGAGAACACAAUAAUUCUAUAAAGCUGUGAGUCGCAGUGCAUUUGUACUCGUAUAUAAAUAUAAACUGUUAAAAUUCUGCACUUAGUCGAUAAAUCUGCUUAUUCUUGUUAAAGAUGUUAAAUCUAUAACUGGACUGAAAACAGAAUAAUCUGCACCAGACUUGUUUUCGCUGCUUUAUAAUUCGCAUUAGUUUGUUUGUGUUGCGAUGCUUGUGUGAUUCAUUUUCCUCUCAAUAAAAGCAAUUCAAGGUAUCUUGAAAA